CGUCGCGAGACCACAUCGUGAUACAUAUGAUGUGCGCGUGACGUUUAUCACUGUUUGUUCCUGUUGAAGUCAUUUGAGAUCGCUUGUUAUCGACGUGUUGUCGGAUCGAAAGUAUCGAGGUAUCAAGGGUCGUUUUCCAUGCCGACCCAUUCCAAGUCCUUGACAAUCGAUUGGAAAGCAUGCGUAUGCACGAAUUCGUGAGCCUCACUCGUCGAAGGACUCGGCGUGUGAACGGCUGUUCUCGACGAUCAGAGGCGAUCUGGAUACGUCGCCAAGGUUAGGAGGCUGUCAUGAAGAGUCCUACGACGUCCCAACGACUGAACGGGACCAAUGCGCAUCCCGUCCCGUCGCCGAGUCUACAGACAUUAGGAAGCGCUAAGUCUCGUCACAACAAUGCUGUCAAUAGUUUCCAGAUGGUGAAGGUCACUGGACGCGAGUCUGGUUGCUAUAUCGCCAGCAAUAUCGCGCCGAAGAUUGGUAAGCAGCAGUUAGUGUCCUUGAACGGAGACACAGUACGCUGUGACAGCGUCAACGUCGACGAGGCACUGGCAUGCGACGUAGCGCCUAUACCAGCGGCAAAGACCAAGGCCCUGUGUGUACACAUCAGAGAGAACAAAUGGUACGACGCUGGUAACGUCGUCUCUGUCGGAGUAGCAGGAACCAGCCUGAAUCAUGCUCUGGAAAGCAUGUCCUUGGCUUAUAAUCCUUCCACGAAACAGCUGUAUUCGGUGGAGGAGACCAGGAUGCCCAGCAAUGCACAAAUCGACUGUAUUUCACAAUACCUAGAAUCUCCAUGUAAUGGUAAGGAACAAACGUCAAGUAUGAAACUUGAUACGGACAAAUAUAUGAAGCUCGAGAAUGUCAGUGCAAACAGUAGUCCAAGAAAUAGUUUGCCACGCUCAUGUAGCAGCACAGUGUCUUCCCUUAGCGAAAUAUCACCUUCUGGUAGCUUUCUAGGAUCUGAUGAACAACACAUUGUAGAAAAAAGUGAUAAAAUACCCAAACGUUGGGGACUGAACACGCUUUUUACAAAGAAUGUGUUUUCGUGGAAGAAUAGAGGUUCUCAACAUUCAACACCUACCGGUAGCCCAUCAAGAAAUAUUGACAAGGUAGGCGGUAGUACAGCUUUAAUUCAACAGCCGAGACCAGCAAAUUUACCAGCUAAAAAUGCACUGGAAGAGGAACGUCAUCGUAAGCAAUACAAUGCAAUUUUAGAAGCAGCAAGGAAGAGAGAAUUGCGCGAAGAGAAAGAGCGUAAGCAACAACGGGAAUAUCAGUUAAAAGAAGAGAAAAGAUUAGCCGAGGAUUCCAACACGUGGAAUGUACAUGUUUUAUCUAAAUUUGAAAGCGUUAAGAAUACGAAAAAAGUAAGGGAACUGUGGUGGCGUGGGUUACCACCAAGUGUUCGUGGUAGGGUAUGGAAAUUAGCAAUUUCGAAUAAUUUGAAUGUAACGCCGCACCUCUAUAAUCUUUGCUUAGACAGAGCAAUGUCGAGCUCUAACAAUGAGUCAUUAGCCGCAAUCAGAUUAGACGUAUCUCGUACCUUUCCUACCUUAUGUGUCUUUCAAGAGGGUGGACCAUUAUUCGAUAGCCUUCAGGGUAUUUUGGCAGCAUAUGCUGUAUAUAGACCGGAUGUAGGCUAUGUGCAAGGUAUGAGUUUUGUGGGUGCUGUUUUAUCAUUAAACAUGGAACCACCAGACGCCUUUGCUUGCUUCGCGAAUCUGCUAAAUUAUCCUUGUCACAGAGCCGCCUUUACAUUGGACCAAAAAAAAAUGAAUACUUACUAUAAAGUAUACUCCAGUGCUCUUGCGCAUAAGCUGCCAAAAGUCUUUUCCCAUUUUACCGUAGCUGGAUUAAGCCCGGACUUGUAUUUAUUAGAUUGGUUAUAUACUAUAUAUGCUAAAGCAAUGCCUCUUGAUGUUGCAUGUAGAAUCUGGGAUAUCUUUCUCAGAGAUGGAGACGAGUUCCUCUUCAGAACUGCACUGGGAGUGUUGCACUUAUACCAAGAAGAAUUAUUAAAAAUGGAUUUUGUACACGGCGCACAAUUUCUUACUAGAUUACCAGAGAAUCUACAAGCAGAAUCCUUAUUCAACAGUAUUAGUCAAAUGUCUACUACUGUUGGAACGACAACGUUCCAGCAAAUGUUGGUUCAAUAUUCUUCGUAA